AUGCCGGCUUUACUUUCUAUACUCCCUGCAGCCUUACUGUUCGCAGCCAAAGCGCAGGGACUAGUCACCAGGGCGUCAAGCGCCGCAGACGCCACUUGCACUCCAGCAUCCGGAACGAACGACGACGCCCCCGCAAUCGCCGCCGCCUUCUCCUCGUGCUUCAGCGGAACCAUCGUCAUCCCCGCCGGAAAAACCUAUAAUAUAGGCAGCGUCCUCUCCUGGACCGGCUGCGCAGGCUGCACCCUCCAACUCGACGGCACGCUCAACGUGAGCACCAACCUAACCUAUUGGAAUGGCAAAAGCGAAAUAUUCUCCAUAGCCAACAUUAAUGGCGCCACCAUCUACUCCUCAACGGGAACAGGCGUGAUUGAGGGGAAUGGCCAGGCCAGCUGGGACUACAUCGUCGACGGCGACACGAGCUACGACCGCCCAAACCUUAUUCGCGUCGACGGGACGACGAAUCUCAAGAUGUACAAUUUGGAAAUCCGAAAUUCGCCCCAGUUUCAUGUUGUGACGAGUGGUAACUCGAAGGAUAUUUAUUAUGGCGACAUCACGUUGUACGCUGUCAGUACCUCAAAUAAUGUGGCGCAUAAUACCGAUGGGUUUGAUGUGGGACCGGCGUCGUACGUUACGCUUGAGAAUCUGCAUGUUACCAACGGCGACGAUUGCGUUGUCCUCAAGCCUGGGGCCGACAAUAUCGUGGCGCGGGAGAUCACCUGUAUCGGCUCGCAUGGCCUCUCGGUUGGCAGUCUGGGGAGCAGUUACGGCAAGACGGAUUCCGUGACGAACAGUAUUUUCGAGGGGGCUUACAUGUCAGGGGCUACCAAAGCAGGCGGGGUCAAAGUGUGGCCUGCUGGUCCUGAUCACGGCUCGGCGGUCGUGUCGAACGUGACGUGGAGGGAUAUUUAUUGUGAUGGGUGCCAGUAUGCGCUGCAAAUCGAGUCGUGUUAUUCCGAGGACGAUAGUUAUUGUGAGGAGUAUCCAAGCACAGCGCAGUUGACGAAUGUGGUUUGGCAGAAUGUCACGGGGGUUACGGAUGGGAAGUAUGAUGACGUGGUGGGGAACUUGAAUUGCCCUGGUGCUGGGACUUGUGGGAUUUCUGUUUCGGAGUUGAGCGUUAAGUCGCCAGAUGGGGGGCAGACGGUAUUGUGUGCGAAUACUGAUGGGGAUAUAGGGGUUACUUGUACUAACGGAGCUUCUGGCUGA